UACCCGCGACCAAAAUUCCGACCGAUCCCCGCCGUCCAUCGCGGCCGCCGACGGCUCCCCUCCCUUCCACCGCCUCCUUCCCCCAAACCACCCGAAUAGUUUAAUCCACGCGCAAAAACCGAAAAAGAAUUAUAAACCGAAGAACAGACAGCAGCAGAAGCAGCGCCAGACAGGGAGGAGGGGGAGAUGGCGGCGUGCCGGGGGUUCUUCGAGUGCCUGCUAAAGCUGCUCAACUUUUUCCUCGCCGUCGCUGGCCUCGCCAUGGUCGGAUACGGGAUCUACCUGCUCGUCGAGUGGAUGAAGAUAUCCGGCGCGGGCGGGGAGUCGCCGGCGCCGACGGAGGUGCUCAUCUUCGCCCGCCCGUUGAUGGGGGCCGUCGCCCUCGGUGACGGGUUCCUCGACAACCUACCCAAAGCAUGGUUUAUUUAUCUGUUCAUUGGUAUGGGUGCUAUCGUCUUCCUUGUGUCUCUGUUUGGCUGCAUCGGAGCAGGGGCAAGAAACACCUGCUGCUUGUGUUUCUAUGCUUUCUUGGUCAUAUUGUUGAUCCUUGCUGAGGCGGGAGCUGCUGCAUUCAUUUUCUUUGACCAUAGCUGGAAAGAUGUAAUUCCAGUGGACAAGACACAUAACUUUGAUGUUAUGUAUGACUUUCUGAAGGAAAACUGGGAGAUUGCAAGAUGGGUUGCUCUUGGUGUUCUCAUAUUUGAGGCAUUGCUUUUUCUGUUAGCUCUGGUUGUAAGGGCAAUGAACAAACCCGCUGAGUAUGACAGUGAUGAUGAAAUCAUUGCAAUUGGCCGCACCCCUAGCAUCCGGCAGCCAUUGAUCCAUUCCCAAAAUGUUCCUGCCACUGGCGUUCCCGUCCCAACACUUGAUCAACGUGCAAGCAGAAUUGAUGUGUGGAGCCAAAGGAUGCGAGAGAAGUAUGGUCUGGACACAAGCCACUACACGUACAACCCUUCAGAUCCAAGCAGGUACCAACAAAAUGGUGCACCUCCGGCUGAGGAAAGGAGUCGUUGCACAAUAAUGUGAAAAAUUCGCCAUGAAGUUCUCCCAGACUAUGGAUUUUAUUUGAAUGAGGGCUGUCUCAGCUUGUGUGGUUUGGCCGUACACGUGUUGUUCAGAGUGGUGUAUGGAAUAGAGAGUCGCUACCUUAACCUCUACCCUGCCUGAUGUCUUCUCUACAAAUGCUCUAUGCACUUGUAAUUUUCUUGUGAAUGAAGAACAGUUAGCCAUUGAUAUCUUAUUUCAUUUUGCAUUCAUCGGGGUGUUUUCAUUUCCUCUGUAAUCUCCCUUCUACGUUCAGUUCCUAGUGUCGAGCAGCUCUGUUUAAUUCUACGCUGUACUCGUGUUUGUAAGAUUUGGUUGUGCUGUGAAGUAAGAUGAGUUAGUAGAAUCAGUUUUGCUGUGAAUA